GCUACUGAAGCCACCUGUCGCGUUCAAUUAGCCUAGUAGGCUUUUUCAGUAGGCUAUUUGACGUGCCAUGAGCGCGGAGCCAGAAUCACGUGAUUGAACACCUGUGUCCUUACGAGACGACCCAGACGCUGGAGUGGAAGUUAGAGAAAGUUCGGGAGACAUUAAUAUGGAUUUACAACAGCCGAUUUUCUUCUCGUUGGAUGUACUCCAGCAUGAAACUCAAUCAGCUAAAGUCGUCUCCGGGUUGUCUGGAAAGGCUGCCGCUACAUCAGCGGUGACCACCUCCGACUCAGAAUCGGGUAUAUUCUCAGGUGAAUCGGAACUUUGCAUGGAACAUGAAUCAGACCUGGACUGGUUCUGCAUCUCCGAGCAGAAACUCAUAUGCUCGCACUGCGCCAUAGUGGGAUCCUGCCAGGGCCACACGGUGACACCCCUGGCCAGCAGAGUGACAGCGGUCAGGAACCAACUGGUUGACAUAUGUGAGAAAAUGCAGCUGCAGGCCAAGCGCAUCGAGCUAUUUAUCAACCAGACCCUGACUGCCAAAGAGCGGGCACUGCAGGUGGAGGCGAGCGGGGCUCGGGAGCAAGUGGUGGCCCAGGUCAGUGUGGUGAGGGAGGCUGUGGAGGAGGAGGAACAGCGGCUGCUGGAAGCGGUGCAGAGGGAGGAGGAGAGGGUGGAGCAGUGCCUCCUCACCCAGAGAGCCCACUGGGGCCAGGCCCUGGCUAUGCUCACACAGACACGCACACGCCUGGUGCACACCCUCACAAACACACCGGACAUACAGCUGGCAACCUCUGGCCAGGAAAUAGCUGAGAGGAUUGAGGAGGCAGAGGGGGUGGGUGAGCCUUGUGACACUGACCAUCUCAACCUGAACACCAGCUGCAGUGACAGCAAACUCAUGAGGGGCCUGUGGGCCAGCGCCAUACUGUUGGGGCCAACUGCUUACGGUUCAGCAAAUCUGACAUUUGACGAGCGCACCGUCAGCUCCGUACUGUCCCUCUCAGAAGACCUUUGCACUCUGACCUUCCUGCCUAAGCGGUCACGCCAGUCCCCGCCCUACGACCCGGCACGCUUCGACAGCUGGCCCAAUGCGCUGGGCACCCUGGCCAUCUCCUCCGGCACCCACAGCUGGGUGAUUGACGUGGGUGAGAGCGGGGCCUUCAAGGUGGGGGUAUGCUACUCCAGCAUGGGGCGCAAGGGCUCGGGCAACGACUCCCGCCUCGGCUACAACGUCCAGUCCUGGGUGCUCUCCAAAUACGAUGGGGACUUCUCCUUCUGCCAUGCGGGGAAGAACACGCCCCUGCACGUGGUCCACAAGCCCAAGAGUCUGGGGCUACUCCUGGACUGGCCCAGUCAGACCCUGGUAUUUUAUGACCCAGACUCCAGGGCCGUGUUGCACUCGGUCAGACACGCUUUUAGUGGCCCGCUGAUGCCAGCAUUUGCUGUGGCUGACCGCAGUGUCACAAUACUGCACUGACCUCUGAAGUACUGUAACUGUCUGUAGUGUCAAUUAUAUAGAAUUACGGGUAACACUUUCAUAAGGCAUAUCAUAUGAGUUGAUAAUAUAACAGUGAAAGGGCUCAUUAAUGCUUAUAACAAGUAGUACUGCAUUAUACCUGCUGAUAAAAUUUUACUGAAUUACUUAUAAUAUUUGUACAUAAUACUAAUAGAAUACUAUCAAAGCUUCACAAUGUAUUUCAAUGUAAUCAAAUUGGCCAAAAUUAGGCCCUUAUGUCUGUUAUUGAAGAGGUAUGCAGACAGUUAUUUUACGAGAGAUAUGUUUCUAAUUUAUUAUUUGUUUAUUUUAAUCUGAAGAAAUGAUUCUGUAGAGAUUUCUGUAUGAGUCUGUCGAUCAAAUUAUACAGUAGUCCUAAUUUGUCAGUGAUGAAGUAUGUCCCAAACACUAUUCAUUUUGGAUUUAGGAGUAUGCUAUUUAUAUUUCUUAUACUGUUAUGAUCUGAUAAUCAACUUACUGUAAGUGAAGUGAAUGUUUGAGACCUUUUCUAUCUUUUAAAGAGACUCCUGUCUGCAGGACUGGUUGAUCCAGAAGUUCCUGUCAUAUGCAUACAAAUAUUGUUGGAUUGUCUGAUUAUAUGCAAUGAAUGUCUCUAUUGAAACUCACAUCCCACUUUCCAUCCAUCCCUCUGUGAAAAUAAAAUUAAUGAAAUACCAGACGCAAUACAGGCGACACAAUCUAAAAAUGAACAGGAGGGGGCAAUGUAGCGUUUGUCAUAGUGAUGCGCGGGUUGACUCAUACCCCACAGUUCCCGCGGUUAUAUCCGGGCGGGGUGAAUAAAGAGAACAUCCAUAAA